ACAAAUAAGAAGUUUGACUUUCCUCUCCCAUUGUGAUAUACUAAAGAACCAAGUUGUUCACGUGUACACGUUGGAUCACCAACUUUCACGCCCAAUGAUGGGCAUAAAUAAUGCAUUUGGAAGUUGACCGUGCCUUGUGAUCUCCGUGUCCUUCGCCAUAUUCCACUUCUCACCAACUUCUCUUUGGACCAUGGCUGCCAGUACCUUCCUCUCUUCAUCUUCCUCCUCCCAUCCCAGCUGGACCUACGACGUUUUCUUGAGUUUUAGAGGCGAAGACACGCGCAAGAAUUUCAUUGACCACCUCUAUUUUGCUUUAAGAGAUACCGGAAUCAAUACCUUUAGAGAUGACAACGAGCUCCGAAGAGGAGAAGAUAUUACAUCCGAACUGUUGUCGGCAAUACAAAGGUCCAAAAUCUCUGUCAUCGUCUUCUCUAGUAACUACGCGGCUUCCAGGUGGUGCCUGGAGGAACUUGUGAAGAUCAUGGAGUGCCGAAGAACAGUGAGGCAGCUGGUUUUGCCUAUCUUCUACGAUGUUGAACCCUCGGAUGUGCGCAACCAAACGGGUAGUUUUGCGAAAGCAUUUUCUGAACAUGAAAAGCGUUACUUGUUGGACAUAGAUAAGGUGCUCAGGUGGAGAAGAGCUCUGAUUGAGGCUGCUAAUUUGUCAGGGUGGGAUCUAAGAAACACUGCAAACAGGUAAGUGCGCUCUAAACAAUCAUUUUUAGAUCUUUGACUUUCUCUUAUAGAUUUCAAAUUUGAUGGACAAAAAUAAUGAUAAUAGCAGGAUGGAACCAAAAGGAAAAAGACUGAAUGUGAUAAGAGUUUAUGUUCAAAUUUUCCCAAAGAACUAGUAAUAAAAUCUAAUCAAAGCAGUGCUACGAAUAAUAGAUGCAGCGAAUAUCAAGACAGAAUAAGUUAAAGUUAACAAGGUUAAAUUUG